AUGGAUGCAUGUGUCAUGGUGACCUCUGAUUCAAAGGAGGAGACUGAAAAUGUGCAGCCAGCUCCAGAUUCAGAGGAAGAGAUUGACAAUGUGCAACCAGAGUUACCAGCAGAACUGCUGCUUGAGCAGCUGCAGGCAGAGGAAGUGGGCCUGUCCAGUAACCAGCAGGCACAGCUACUGCCAGUCUCUGAAGAUGAAGAGGCUGAGUUGCCACCCCCUAUUGUGCCUCUUUCUGUGUGCAAUAGCAAGUGUUCUCCAGGUUUCAGAAGAAAAAAGAAGGAAGAAAAGCAGUUUUGUUGCUAUGAUUGUGUUCCAUGCUCAGGAGGGAAGAUUUCUAAUGAACUGGAUAUGGAUGAUUGUUUUGAAUGCCUAGAUGAUCACUAUCCAAAUGAAAAGAGAAAUGGAUGCCUUCCAAAGUUUAUACAUUACCUGACUUAUGAUGAACCUUUGGGCAUGAUGUUGACUAUCCUGGCUCUGGUUCUUUCUGCAAUUACUGUUUUGGUGUUUGGACUCUUCUGUAAGCAACAAAAGACUCCCAUUGUCAAAGCCAACAACCAGAAUCUCACCUUUUCUCUGCUUAUCUCCCUUCUGUUCUGCUUUCUCUGCUCCUUGCUUUUCAUUGGUAGGCCCCAAAAAAUAACAUGCAGUUUACGACAAUCGGUGUUUGGUCUCGUCUUCUCAGUGGCCAUAUCUUCUAUUUUGGCCAAAACCAUCACAGUGCUUCUGGCUUUCAUUGCUACAAAGCCAGGAAUGACUAUGAGAAAAUGGAUGGGGAAAAAGCUAGCAUAUUCUAUUAUUGUCUGUUGUUCCUGCAUUCAAAUAAUUAUUUGCACAGUAUGGCUAUGUACUGAUCCUCCAUUCCCAGAUCUGGACAUGCAUUCUGUGCCGAAAGAGAUUGUGGUAGAAUGCAAUGAAGGGUCAGCCAGCAUGUUGUACUAUGUUCUAGGUUUCAUGGGACUUUUGGCUCUCAUCAGCUUCACUGUGGCUUUCUAUGCUCGGAAAUUGCCGGACACCUUUAAUGAAGCCAAAUUUAUUACUUUCAGCAUGUUGAUUUUUUGCAGUGUGUGGGUGUCUUUCAUUCCAACUUAUCUAAGCACCAAAGGAAAAUACAUGGUAGCUGUGGAGAUGUUCUCUAUCUUGUCAUCCAGUGCUAGAAUAUUGGGUUUCAUAUUUCUUCCCAAAUGUUACAUUAUGUUGUUAAGACCUGAUCUCAACAGCAAGGAACAUGUCAUGAGAAAAAAAUAA